UGGAACAGUGGUGGGUGAAAUACACUCGUCGUUUCUCGUACAUCAGAAGAAUAUUGCAAAUUCUGUGACUUCUGAAGAGUUUGCUGACCAUGACAACGUUGGAUUUCGACUGAUAAGGCCCAUAAACACAGUUCGAGGUUUCCGGGACUUUCCCUUGGUACCAUCACAUGCCAAAGAAAUAGAGAAAAAUAUGACUGGGCAACAGUGUACUUUGUCGCUCGGAAAUUGCGUGGAAGAUGUGGACAAAAUGACGAAUGGAAAGGUGACGCUGCUACGCCUGUGACCGCCGCCGGAUAGCAUGCGCUGUGCGCCCAGGACGCCGCCGCGACCCCUCUCCACCCGGCCGCCCAGCUAGCAUCCGAGACUCGAGCUCCAGCGCCACAGUGCCUUGUUCCCCGGGGGGAGGGGACGGGGUGUCGGGGGGGAUGUGUCUGUAGCGGCACAAACGGACGCCUGUGGCGAGUGCUCGUGUGAGCGAUGGACGACGGCGAGGACUACUUGGGGGCUCCGAGCUCGGGACCCGAGGUCAAGGGUCAGCAGGCGAUGGGAGGAGGCUGCGUCUUCAACAAGGCGGCGCCGGAGGUGGUGACCAAGGCGACGGCCGGAGGCAGCAGCGAACUGGGCGACAUGACCUUCUGCAUGGCCAACUACGUCAAGGACGCCAUGAAGAUGAUGUGUAUGAUGAGGAGUAAUCGAAUGCUAACUGAUGUGGUACUGGAGGUUGGAUCAGAACUCUUCCAUGCACACAAAGUUGUUCUUGCUGCUGCUAGUCCAUACUUUAAGGCAAUGUUUACAGGUGGUCUGAAAGAAUGUGAAAUGUCUAGAGUGAAGUUACAAGGUGUAUGCCCCACUGCAAUGGCUCGUCUCAUGUACUUCAUGUAUACUGGUCAGAUACGUGUCACUGAAGUUACUGUAUGUCAACUUUUACCUGCUGCAACUAUGUUCCAGGUGACUAAUGUGAUAGAUGCUUGCUGUUUGUUUCUUGAGCGACAGUUAGAUCCCAGCAAUGCAAUAGGCAUUGCUAAAUUUGCCGAGCAACAUGGCUGUAAAGAUUUAUGCCAAAAGGCAAAUCAGUUCAUUGUACAACAUUUCACCCAGGUCUGCCAAGAGGAAGAAUUUCUUCAGUUGUCAGCCAUACAGUUGGUUGCACUGAUAAAGAAAGAUGAGCUUAAUGUAACAGAAGAAAGAGAAGUGUACAAUGCUGUUUUGAAAUGGGUGAAAUAUGAUGAAGAAAACAGGUUCCCAAAAAUGGAACACAUUCUCCAUGCUGUAAGGUGCCAGUUUCUUACACCAAGCUUCUUACAUGAGCAGAUGAAGAACUGUGAUGUUCUAAAGAAAUUACCUGCUUGCAGAGAAUAUCUUGCACAAAUUUUUAAGGAUCUAACUCUGCAUAAACGGCCAUGUGUGAAGGAACGAACACCAAAUACUCCAAGAGUUAUUUAUAUUGCUGGAGGCUAUUUUCGAAAUUCACUUGAUGUAAUGGAAGCAUAUAAUGUGGAUGACCGUACAUGGACAAAACUUGCUAGCUUAACUGUUCCACGAUCUGGUUUGGGAGGCGCUUUUCUAAAGGGAAUGUUCUAUGCUGUGGGAGGCCGCCACAACUCUCCAGACUCUAGAUAUGACUCAGACUGGGUGGACAGGUAUAAUCCUGCUAAAGAUGUAUGGAGACCUUGCAGCCCCAUGUCUGUUCCGAGAAACCGUGUUGGUGUGGCUGUUAUGGAUGGUUAUCUGUAUGCAGUUGGAGGUUCAGCAGGUUCAGAGUAUCACAACAGUGUUGAAAGGUUUGACCCUGAUGAAGACACAUGGACAAAUGUGAAGCCAAUGCAUGUGAAACGAUUAGGAGUUGCUGUAGCUGUUGUCAACAGGUUACUGUAUGCUAUAGGAGGUUAUGAUGGCAAAACCAGGCAGAGUAGUGUUGAAUGUUAUCAUCCAGAGAAUGAUGAAUGGACUAUGGUGGCACCUCUUAAUGUCAGUCGCAGUGGUGCAGGUGUGGCUGCACUCAAUCAGUACAUUUAUGUUGUGGGAGGUUAUGAUGGACAGCGACAGGUAAAUUCAGUAGAGCGCUAUGACACAGAACGUGAUAUCUGGCAAUUUGUUGCAAGUAUAAGAAUUGCUCGCUCUGCUCUAAGUGUCACUGCUUUGGAUGGAAAACUUUAUGCUAUGGGUGGCUAUGAUGGCACAGCAUUCCUAAAUAUUGUGGAGGUGUAUGACCCUACAAGAGAUGUGUGGGAGGAAGGACAACCACUUACAAGUGGCAGAUCAGGCCAUGCAUGUGCAGUAUCAUAUCCACAAUGCCUCAUACACUGUGAGCACAUGGACCAACCUCUUACACUUAUGGACACACCAACUCCAACACCAGGAACCAGUGGUGCAAAUAUAUAACCAUGUGCAGUUUUUAGGAUUUUUGGAAAGUGUUAAGUGCUUGCUUGAAACAGUGGUUCUCAGCAGAAUGGUCUGAAUUGUCAUAACCCUGACUACUAAUAACUCUGAAAACUGUUUAACUUUUUGUGGGAGACACUUUUACAAAACAUAACAUUGUGUGUGUGGACAAGCAUCAAUAUGUUAUUGACUGUGACUCAUGCCAGAUGAGUAACUUCUCAAAGUUAACUCUGGAGAAGCAAGAUGUAUUAUAAUGUAAUGAAGCAGACAGAAGUGAUAGUGUAUAAAUAUUGUGCUGUGAAUUUGUAGUUAACUAAAAUUGUGAAUGAUAGUGUUUUGUGGUGUUGGAAAUAUGUUUUAUGGUGCUUGCAUCAAUUGUAGACAUGCAACUAAUGACAAUUUUAAUAACAUGGGAAGGUUUUACAGUGAGGAGAACUUUGUGUCCCUUGUUGUUCCCCAGAUUUAAAAUAUUCAUCUUUCUCUUGAACAGUUGUAAAAGACACCAGAAACAGGACAAUCAAAAGAAUAGUGCUACGAAAUUGAAUAACAUUUCUGACAAUAUUUUUACUUUCUUCAACAUAUGUUUGCUGUGAGAUACAAUACGCCGUCUUGUAAGUAUAAUCAUCUGAAGAGUUUGUGAGAUCCUAGCAGUUUUGAGAAUAAUGACUUUGUUGCACCUGUAUCCUGACAUUGAAUUGAUAUUUUAAUUAAUUUUAU